UUGUACACAAAAAUGUGGCCAAUUGGCAACUGGAAUAAAGGCCAAUUGGCAACUGCUUGAACAGUCUUGUGUCCGUUUUUAAUUUGGGCGGUUGUGAGCGUGAUUUUUUAUUGGAAAUAAAUAGUUUUCUCUCUAACUAUGCCGACUUGCGUGUUACGCUACUGCAAAUCUCGGUCUGGUCGAUGCCCUGAAUCUAACUGGAGUUUUUUCUCGUUUCCUUCAGUUGGUAACAAAACUCGUAAGGAAUGGAUACGAUUUGUCCAAAAAGAACGAAGAGAAGAAAAUUGGCUCCCUUCUAGUGCAUCAAAAUUAUGCUCAAAACAUUUCAGAAAUAAAGAUAUUAAAGUUGGAAAAACGGGAAGAGCUUGUUUGAAAAAAGGAUCAUUACCUUGCGAGGAUAAAAAACCCAAGGCCGCUACAUCAGAAAGCGAUGAAGAAUCUGAUUCAAAAUCAGUAAGUGAUGAUGAGUCCGACUCAAAACUAGUACCCGAUGACGUCUCCGACUCAAAACCAGUGGCGGAAGACUCAAAACGAAUAUUCGAAGAUAAAAUAGAAAUUUCAUUGAAAUCUCAAGUUAAUACAUUGCAAAAACAAAGAAUCCGGCAAAAAGGCAAAAUUAAAAAAUUAGAGCAAGAAAAUGAAGUGCUAAAACGCAAACUGUCGAAAUUGAAAAAUUUCGUUAUCCAUUUAGUCAAAAAGUAUGAUCUUCAAAUUACUGGUCAAAUGCAGGUCACGCCACGGGAAUGAACAGUUCGUUAGUCGUUACCUUUACCAUUAAUCUAAUUAAUAGCCCACUGCUGGGCACAAAUGGUCUUCUAAGGCUUCUUGAUAACAAUUUCAUCAGAGGCAAGAGUUAACCUGAAAAAGUACUUAUCUACACUUUUUAAAAGUCUUAAUUUGAAUGGUGGCCUUAUGA